GCAUCAGCAGACGCCUGCAGUCUCUCUCUCUCUCGGUGCGUGGAGUCAUGGUGUUUUCCAUGACUAUCAACCGUCGGUUUUUAUUACUUUUCCCCCUCUUGGCCUUUGUCUCACUUCCAGGGAUCCCUGGAAAUGGAAUUGCUGGAGUCCAGGGAAAAAACACCGGGCCUCUGGAAGGGGGAGGAGGAGACGAUGUGUCAAGUUUGAACUUCAGCGGCGCUGAAUCCGUCGAAGGAUACGAGGAACUGAAGGAGGAACUCAGGGAAAUCCUCGACAAAGGCGUCCUGCCGCAAGAAAAACAAGGAAAAGAAGAUGAAGAGGAGGACGAUGAAGGAUAUCUCGAACCAGCCUUAGGACUCCUUCAAGACGGCCGAAAUGACGGCAUAUUCCCUUCCCAAAGAAGGCGCCAACUAGACCGAUUGGAAACCUCUAGGACCGGAGAGUCCUUCGCUCUCGAAGGACUCUCCAAGGAAGGGUAUAUUCCUCAGUCAGACAAGAGGAAUCUCGUAGGACUCCACCAAGGGCAUUCGGGACACGAGGACGCCAAACAGUUCCUGAAUGAGUGGGUCGUCCAUCUUACGGGAGGUCCCCGAAUCGCCGAGUCUGUGGCCCGGGACCUUGGGUACGAGUUUCUGGGUCAGGUUGGCAACUUCAGAGACGUCUACCGCUUGGUGAAGCGAGAUCACCCUUCCAUCCACAAGAGGGCAGCACCGGAGCUGACGCGUGAACUCAACGUCCAUCUUGAAGUCAAAUGGGCUGAACAACAGUUUGUGAAGGAGAGAGCGAAGAGGGCAGCCCUCCCAGGGGCCGAUCUGAGAGGCGACACCUACGAUCCUUACGCCCCUCUCAUCCGGGUCAAACGGAUGAGGUCCGAGGGAGAGACAAAAAGGACAUCGCUCGAGGAGGAAGGAAGGCGGCCGGAUGGGAAGGAGGAGGACUCCCGCCUCAACCUGUCAGAGAGGUCGUCUGCCAUGUCCGCCCAUGCGUUGGAAAUGGAAAAACUGUUCAAUGAUGAGCUCUGGGUACAUCAGUGGUACCUGUUCGACACCAGAAGUCGCAGCGACCUGCCGAAACUGGAUCUGCAGGUGGUUCCUGUGUGGCAGUCUGGGGUGACAGGGAGAGGAGUGAGGGUCCUCGUCCUGGAUGACGGUCUCGAGUGGAGUCACGCUGACAUCGUACAAAACUACGAGAGUGACAUUAGCUACGACUUCAAUGACAACGACCCAGACCCAUCGCCGAGGUAUGACGAACAGCUUUCAAAUUCCCACGGCACCCGGUGUGCUGGAGAAAUAGUCAUGAUGCCGAACAACAGGAAGUGUGGUGUUGGAGUCGCCUUCGGUGCGCGUGUAGGAGGUGUGAGGAUGUUGGAUGGACCAGUGAGCGACGUCGUCGAAGGACUAUCUCUAGAAUGGCCAGUGGGUAAAGCGGAUGUCAUCUCCUGUUCUUGGGGGCCAACCGACGACGGCCGCAGAGUCGAAGGUCCUGGAAGGCUGGCUGACAUUGCACUACAGAGAGGGGUGACUGAGGGACGGAAUGGCAAGGGCAUAGUGUACGUGUGGGCUGCGGGCAAUGGCGGAUCGGCAGGAGACGAUUGCAACUGUGAUGGGUACACCUCCAGCAUCUACACCCUUAGUAUAAGCAGUGCUUCUGAGACAGGGCUCUUCCCUUGGUACGGGGAGAGAUGCGCAUCCACUUUGGCUGCUGCCUACUCUUCAGGGGCGUACACAGAUCAGAAGAUAGCAACUACCGACCUGCAUAAUAGUUGCACAGACAAAUUUUCUGGGACAUCUGCGGCAGCUCCUCUGGCAGCUGGGAUCCUCGCUCUGGCGCUGGAAGUGAAUCCAGAACUGACGUGGAGAGACAUGCAACACGCAGUAGUCUGGAGCUCUGAAUGGGCCCCUCUGGGACACAACAGUGGUUGGCUCACAAACGCAAAAGGUCUCAAGUUCAACUCACGAUUUGGGUUUGGUCUCUUAAGUGCAGACGGACUGGUUCAGACGGUUGGGAACUGGACAGUAGUCCCACGAAAAUCCAUAUGCACAGUCCGGCUGGCAUCAAGGGAAAACCGGACUUUAAAAACAGGGGAGUCUGUUGUGCUGGAGUUCAGUUCAACGGGAUGCGAGGGUACCGAGGACGAAGUUAAGUCCCUGGAGCAGGUGCAAGUCAUCGCCAAUAUCGACUACACGAGAAGGGGAUCCUUAUCAAUCUCACUCACGAGUCCCUCAGGGACUCGGACAGUCCUGCUGAAUGAAAGGGCAGAUGACGACUCUCAGAAUGGUUUCCAUGACUGGGCUCUGAUGUCUGUGCACACGUGGGGCGAAGAUCCUAGGGGUAUUUGGAGGCUUGAUAUCGCUGACAUGACGUCCAAGGACGAACACGGAACAAUUGGGGAGAUGAACCUGGUCCUUCACGGCACAAAGGAGAUUCCCGAGCAUCUGCAGAGAGCCAGGUCCUACAGAAUCCCCUUUGAGGAAGGCGAGACAGACGGCAAAAGAGACGAAGACGAAGGAGUCGUGGCAGGAGGCCUCCUCACGGCAGAGGCUCUGAGAACCUUGACCUGGGAGGAACUGGUGGAUCUUCUCCAGCAUCAACGGACCAGGCGCCAGGUUCCUCCUGAGGGAGAGAAUUACCAACUAUAAUAAAUGACUUCGACUGGGGGAGGAGGAGGAGGAGGAUGACGAGGAAAAGGAAAAGGAAAAGGAAGAGGAAAAGGAGCAGGAGGGGGACGCCCCUGGAGGGAGUGUCGUCUCGCAAAUGAACAGAGAUAAAGCGUCUCCUUUCUUCACGACGGCGGAUUCAAGACCACGUAUUUGGGCGGUGUUAUAGACGUUACAGACGGAGCAGUUUCAACAAAAUGCUUUGCAAACAUGUAAAUGAUUUGGUGGUUUCAGAAGAAUUCAAACUAGCAGACGAAAUAUAUCGCAGGUUGUAAAUCACAAACCUCAAUUUUUGAUCACACAACUUGAAGUGUGAUAACUGUACUCUGUUUUUUUUCCAUCUGUCCAUCUGCCUGUGGUGUUUGCGCAUGAUAACACUGCGUCCCGGCCUUUAAAUAAUAUCCUAUUUCGAAUAUUAACGGCGUAAUUCGCAUACAGUAAGUAUCUAAAACACUUUUCAGUUGCAAAUGUAUACCCAGAUAUCCUUUUAUUUACCUAAAACUUACACAUAGCGUAACUAUUUAAAGCCCGGGAUGCAGUGUUACCAUGCGCACACACCACAGGUGGAUGGACAGAUGGAAAAAAAACAGAGUAUAGUUGCUUAUUAUAGGCAAGGCUAGAAUAGACUAGUGUUGGGUCAAGAAUGGGUACCCCUAAUUAGGUAGUCCCUCAUUUAUUGUAAUUAAGAAGGAAAGGAUGAGGAGGAGAUUCGAGCUAAAAUAGUAUUAACAAAAUGCUGAUAUUUCCAAUUAUUUCACUGUAUAUGCAAUAACAUCAACACAAUUACAUGAACCUAAAAUAACUGUAUAUUUGCUUUGUAUCCCAACAAUGCAGGUCACAUUCAAUUCACAACCACAGCAACAGUCUGCCCAUGGGUCUAAACAAAACAAUAUAAAAUAUCAAAUACUGUGUGCCUAAUCAUUGUAAAUAUUACUAAUAGCCUAGCUACUAUAAUGUCACAAUAAUUAGAUCAACAUCACCACAAUCACAGCAUCAUAUAUGCUAACAUGAAACGAACCAGAUCACAUCUGCUUCCUAGCCUAUAGGUGUCAUGUCACUUCGGUGGUGAAUCAGAGUGUUGGCAGCCAAAACGAUGCUAAUCACAACUAUCACAUAAAAGUCAAUUGACAAAAUCAAUAUAUUCCUAAUACAGCUCCUCCUCGGAAUACUGUAAUAUACCUUAACAAUCAGAUCGACCUCUUAAGUGAUUCAUUAAAGACUGCUGCCCAGCCACGCUGUAAGGCUCACCUAUCGGGCACACAGAUAAGGACUCCCGCCUAAACAACUACCAAUAUUAACGUGUUUACAAAUUCAUCCACACUAUAUACUUUACAUACAACUAAAAAAUUACACAAGCUUGCUCACGAGAACUCUAUCCCUCGUCUUCUUCUCUAAAUCCAACCACAGAAAAUGCAAUUAUUUUGGUGGCCCUGUUUAAAUAACACACACCAGGUUGAACAUUCUAGAGAAAUAACAUACAUAAGUAGGUUUAUCAUCAAUGUUGCAGGCAACAAAAUAUCUAUCUAUCUAACUGUAUACUAUAUAUAAAUUCACUAAAAUACAGUAUUUUCUUA